UAAUUUAAUUUGUUCUAAUACUUCUUAUAGUGAAUAGAGAACAUUAUGUACAGUCACCUGCAGAGAGGCCUCUCCAUAGACUGAUUGUAUACAGGGGAGUUCAGCUCUCUCUGCAGCUGACUGUACCUUACUUAGUGACCGAGGGGAACAUCGUGAGGAUACCGGACCGGACUAAUCCCAAUAAGAUCUAGUUUACCCUCUGGGUUGAAAGGUCAGAUAGCAGUCGCUUUCGUAAAAACUAGUGCCUACGCCAAGUCAUUGGAAUAAUUGCCAAUUGAAAUGAAGAGUAGAGUGUUUAACUCCAGUAAAACCAUCCAUUUCUGACUCGAAAUACGGCAGUGCUCUCGCUCCGAAGUGCCAAAAUAUAUCGUCAGAAUUGGGUGCCUUCGUGUGCUUAACAAUUUUUUAUUUAUAUACCUUAUUUUUGGGAAAGAAAUUCAGUUUUUUAAAUGAUAACCUAAAGGCCAUAAGACAGCUCACCAGUCAAGGGUUCCCGUUAUAAACAACAUCUGGUAUGUUUUCAAUACAAAAAAAGAGCGACGAUAACUGCACCCAAUGUUUUUGCACAUUCCAUUUAUUUGACGAAUCCUUAUCGGCUUUGUUUUACUUGGAACAAUGCUCUAGCUAACGAUAACCAAAAGCUUCCACGUACCUCUUAGGGACUCCCUAUAAAUAGGGCGAGGGAUGAACUUUAAGCAAAUAGUUAUUGGUGAGAUUCUGCCGUGGUCACUACGUGCUAAGAAAUUGCCAAGAUGUUCAAGUUACUAUCAAUCCUCUGCAUAGCGAGCGCUGUACUCUCAGCAGAGUUACCACGACACAACUUGCAGGAGACUGCAUUUAACCCCGAUCCUAAUGCCGAGCCAGUGUCCACCCAUCCUGUGUCGAAGAAGGCGUCGGAGCCCGUGUUGGACCCUCGCCCGAUCUACAGAGCUGAAGACAAAGAGACUGGGCGGGUGAAUGUGCACCCCGUCAAGCCCACGGGUCCAGUCGUGAAGUAUGAUCAGAUGUUGGCGGACCAGCCGAACGGGGCAGCUUCUGAAGUGAACAGAGUUGACAAUCAACAAAUACCCAACUACGCUUUCGUGCCAGUUCAACCUGAGGUGACGUAUCCGGACAUUCCAUAUGCCCCAGGAUACGGGUACGAUGGCUACCCUCAGGCCAAUGGAUACGACGUGUAUGGCAACAGCGUCGGAAAUUAUUACGAACCCGACACAUCUCCGUUCAGUUUGUUAUGGAGCCAAGUUCCGGACUCGAGGACGAUGGUCAACUACGCAGGCAGAGCAAUCUCCUGGCUCUUCGGCAGUAUCUUCGUACUACUCCUCGGCUCUUUAAUGACCAUCGGCGUCUGCACGUACACGAACUUGUGCACCAUCGCGUUCCACGGCGUAGGGCCCAUUCACGAGGAGAUGCGCUCGCUCAUCACUCCCGAGCGUCUAGAAAACAUCAGCACUGCCGCCACUUUAGUCAAGUCCGCUAUCGACAAGUACCAGAAGAUACAGAAUGUCGACGCAGUGAGGCGAAGACGCGCUAAUAUUCAUAACUGAAUAAUGUUUUUCUUAGAGAUUUAUUGGAUUUGUAUUGUACCUAAAAGAUUUUAUUUUAAUGAUAAUUAAAGUUCCUAUCAU